CUUGGUUCCUCAGUACCUUGGUCCAGCUGGUCUUGAGAUAUCCCAGGAGCUCAGAGCUGCGCAUCUGAUCUUCUAGUCACUACCAGGAGCAGGAUGGUCCUCCUCCUCCUGAUGGGCUUAGCAUCUUCCCUCGGCUUCAACUUGGACACAGAGCAGCCGACAACCUUCCACAUGGACAGUGCUGGGUUUGGACACAGCGUGGUCCAGUAUGCCAGCUCCUGGGUUGUGGUUGGAGCCCCUCAGGAGAUAAAGGCGACCAACCAAACAGGCGGCCUCUAUCAGUGUGACUACAGAUCGAAGGCCUGUGAGCCCAUUAACCUGCAGGUUCCGCUGGAGGCUGUGAACAUGUCCCUGGGCCUGUCCCUGGCAUCUGCCACCAACCCCUUGCGGCUGCUGGCCUGUGGCCCCACUGUGCACCAUGAAUGCAGGGGGAACAUGUAUAUGACCGGGUUCUGCUUCCUGCUGGUUCCAAAUCAGAGGUCCAGCUGGGACCCUUCCCUGAGGUUUCCAGCUCUCCCUUCCCAGAGUUUUCCAGCUGCCCUGCAGGAGUGUCCACAGCAGGAGCAGGACAUCGUGUUCCUCAUUGAUGGCUCAGGCAGCAUCUCCUCCAGAGAUUUCGCCAAGAUGAAGACAUUUGUGGUGGCUGUGAUGAGCCAAUUCCAGAAGCCUAACACCCAGUUCUCCCUGAUGCAGUUCUCCAGCACCUUCCGGACACACUUCACUUUCAUCGACUUCAUACGCAGCCCAACCCCCCUACGCCUGCUGGAUUCUGUGCACCAACUGAGAGGGUACACUCAUACAGCCACAGCCAUCCGGAAAGUCAUCAAUCAACUGUUCACUGCUUCAAGUGGGGCCCGCAAGGAUGCCACUAAGAUCCUCAUUGUCAUCACUGAUGGGUUGAAAAAAGGUGACUACCUGGCUUACACCGAUGUCAUCCCUGAGGCUGAGGCAGCAGGAAUCAUCCGCUAUGCGAUCGGGGUCGGAUCGGCUUUUCAAAACAUGCAGUCCUUGACAGAAUUAAGUGACAUUGCAUCGAAGCCCUUCCAGGAACACAUAUUCAAAGUGGAGAACUUUGAUGCUUUGAGAGAUAUACAAAAGCAACUGAAGGAGAAGAUCUUUGCCAUUGAGGGUACGGAGACCACAAGCAGUAGUUCCUUUGAAUUGGAGAUGUCCCAGGAGGGCUUCAGUGCCGUGUUCACACGCGAUGGACCAGUUCUGGGAGCUGUGGGGAGCUUUAGCUGGUCUGGAGGUGCCUUCCUGUAUCCCCCAAAUAUGAACCCCACCUUUAUCAACAUGUCUCAGGAGAAUGUGGACAUGAGGGACUCCUACCUGGGUUACUCCAUCGAUUUGGCCCUGUGGAAGGGGGUACAGAGCCUGGUCCUGGGGGCCCCCCGCCAUCAGCACACCGGGAAGGUUGUCAUCUUCACCCAGGCAGCCAGGCAGUGGUGGCCGAAGGCAGAAGUCGCGGGGACCCAGAUUGGCUCCUACUUUGGGGCCUCCCUCUGCUCGGUGGAUGUGGACAGAGAUGGCAGCACCGACCUGGUCCUCAUCGGGGCCCCCCAUUACUACGAGCAGACCCAGGGGGGCCAGGUGUCUGUGUGCCCCUUGCCUCGGGGGCAGAGCAGGUGGCAGUGUGAGGUCAUUCUCCGUGGGGAGCACGGCCAUCCCUGGGGCCGCUUUGGGGCAGCUCUGACAGUGCUGGGGGAUGUGAAUGGGGACAAGCUGACAGAUGUGGCCAUCGGGGCUCCGGGAGAGCAGGAGAACCGGGGUGCCGUCUACCUAUUUCACGGAGCCUCUGGACCCAGCAUCAGCCCCUCCCACAGCCAGCGGAUUGCAGGCUCCCAGCUCUCCUCCAAGCUCCAGUAUUUUGGGCAGUCGCUGAGCGGAGGACAGGACCUUACUCAGGACAGAUUGGUGGACCUGGCUGUGGGGGCCCAGGGACAGGUAGUGCUGCUCAGGACCAGACCCAUCCUCAGGGUGUCAGCGAACAUAGACUUCUCAAGGACGGAGAUCCCCAGGUCUGUGUUUGAGUGUCAGGAGCAGGGGGUCUCUAACCAGAUGCUGGGUGAAGCCACUGUCUGCCUUCGUAUUUACGACAGUCCCAAGAUCCAACUGAGUGACCUCCGAAGCUCUGUGACCUUUGACCUAGCCCUGGACCCUGGCCGGCUGAGUCCCCGUGCCAUCUUCAAGGAAACAUAUACUCACAAUCUGACUCGAGUCCGAGUCCUUGGGCUGGGCGAGCACUGUGAAACUGUGAAUCUGCUGUUUCCGGACUGUGUGGAGGACUCAGUGACUCCCAUCACCUUGCGUCUCACCGUCACUCUGGUGGGCGAGCCCAUCCCUUCUUUUGGAAACCUCAGGCCUGUGCUGGCUGUCGGUGCUCCGAGAUACUUCACGGCAUCUCUCCCCUUUGAGAAGAACUGUGGAGCUGACCACAUAUGCCAGGAUGACCUUGGCAUCUCCUUCGGAUUCUCAGGCUUGAAGACCUUGGUGGUGGGGAGUAACCUGGAGCUGAACGCAGAAGUGAGGGUGUGGAAUGAUGGCGAGGACUCCUAUGGCACCACAGUCACCUUUUCUUACCCGGAGGGGCUGUCCUUUCGCCGCGUGGCAUGGGGCCAGAAACAGAAGCAGCUGCGUUCCCUGCACCUGACAUGUGACAGCACCCCAGCUGGGAGCCAGGGCACCUGGACUACCCAUUGCAGCCUCAGACACUUCAUCUUCCGGGGAGGUGCUCAGAUCACCUUCUUGGCUACUUUUGACGUCUCCCCCAAGGCUGUGCUGGGAGACCGGCUGCUGCUGAUAGCCAAUGUGAGCAGUGAGAAUAACACCCCCAGAACCAGCAAGACCAUCUACCAGCUGGAGCUCCCAGUGAAGUAUGCCGUCUACACCGUGAUCAGCAGCCAUGAACAGUCCACCAAGUACCUCAACUUCUCAGCCUCAGAGGAGGAGAGCAGCAUGGCCAGGCAUAGGUACCAGGUGAACAACCUGGGACAGAGGGACCUGCCUGUCAGCAUCAACUUCUGGGUGCCAGCGGAGCUGAACCAAAUGGCCGUGUGGACAGAAGUGGAAGUCUCCCACCCCCAGAACCCGUCCAUUCAAUGCUUUUCGGAGAGAACGGUUCCCACAGAGUCUGACUUCCGGACUCAGAUUCAGAAGAAUCCCAUGCUGGACUGCUCCAUUGCUGACUGCCUGAGGUUCCGCUGUGACAUCCCCUCCUUCGGCAUCCAGGAGGAACUCGAUUUCAUCCUGAAGGGCAACCUCAGCUUCGGCUGGGUCAGCCAGACAUUGCAGAAGAAGGUGUUGGUCGUGAGUGUGGCCGAAAUCACAUUCGACAGAUCUGUGUAUUCCCAGCUUCCAGGACAGGAGGCGUUUCUGAGCGCCCAGGCAAAGACAGUCGUGGAGGAGUAUCAGGUGCACAACCCCAUCCCCCUCAUCGUGGGCAGCUGUGUGGGAGGUCUGCUGCUGCUGGCUCUCAUCACGGCCGUGCUGUACAAGGUUGGCUUCUUCAAGCGUCAGUACAAGGAAAUGAUGGCGGAAGCAGCAAAUGGGCAGAUCGCCCCAGAGAAUGGGACAUCAGACUCCUCUGCUACCCAGUAGCAAACUACAUCCUGUGCUCCUUUGGACCUGCUGUCCCGUGAGCAGCCUGCCGGCUUUCUUACGCUCACCCAAGUCAGGUCUGAGGAAGAAGAAACAUUCCACCUGAGGGAGGCUGGGCUCAGCCUGCUUUCUCUCUUUGGGAAAAAGUAGUGUGUCUGUACAAAGUGACUUUCUUGGGAAGGGCCGCAUGUCUUAUCAAGGCUCCAACUGGAAACUCUCAGGACAGGGUCCCUGUUGUGCCUCCCAAGGACUUGACUUGGAAUUUCUACCAAACACAUGGACAGAAAGGCACUGGUCUUUCUCCCUCCACUAAACCCCAGUGAUCUUUCUAAAAUACAGCCCUGAAAGAGCCACUCAUCGCUUCCAUUAUUCUCACAACAACAUCUGAACUCUCCAGCUGGAUAUUAGAAGCCCAAUUCCACCUCCAGAAAGUGGGUUCCGGGGCACACAGCAUGAGCUGAUCUGUGCCUCCUUGUUAUACUUCUUGCUGGUGAAAUACUGUCAGCAUCAGCUCGUAGCUGGGGACUCUCAGUCCGGAUUCAGAACCAGAAAUCAAUGCCUGCAGGUUGGAAUUUAUAAAGCUGGCUUCCAGCAUUGGUCAACAUUGCUGGCGGGGAGGGAGGAGUGUCCUCUUGGGAGGGACGUUGCCUCAAUGUUACUGCAGCUCAACUAGCUUAGAAGAGGCUCAGGCAAUUUCCAUUGUUUUGAGACUCUGAAUGAAGCCUCAAAUGAAGGAAGAGAUGCCAGAAUACGAUUAUUAAAAAGUAUGUAUUUUAAAUAUUAGCUUUAAUAAAUUAAAACAU